UUCUUUGCAGCGCUAACUACCUAAACUAGAGUUCGCUUCGACUUUGGCUAGGCAAUCCCGCCGAGGUAUUGAGGACUCGAAACGCCGGUUCGAUAUCACAGACGUGCCCUGUACGCAAUCCUAACAACAAGUUAUCACCUCCUCAACUUCACCUAAAGAUGUCGAAAAUCGGUAUUAACGGAUUCGGUCGUAUCGGCCGCUUGGUGCUUCGCGCUUGCAUCGAAAAGGGAGCUACGGUUGUUGCUGUCAAUGAUCCCUUCAUUACUCUUGACUACAUGGUGUACAUGUUCAAGUAUGACUCUACCCAUGGCCGCUUCAAGGGAGAAGUGAAGGAAGAAGGUGGCAAGCUUGUUGUCAAUGGACAUCACAUUCAGGUCUUCAGCGAGCGUGACCCCAAGAACAUUCCAUGGGGAGCUUCUGGAGCUGAAUAUGUUGUUGAAUCCACUGGUGUUUUCACCACUUUGGACAAGGCCCAGGCUCACAUUGAUGGAGGAGCAAAGAAAGUUAUCAUCUCUGCCCCAUCUGCUGAUGCCCCCAUGUUUGUUGUUGGAGUCAACCUUGAAGCAUAUGAUCCUUCCAUGAAGAUUGUUUCCAAUGCUUCUUGCACCACCAACUGCCUGGCUCCUCUGGCUAAAGUUAUCAAUGACAACUUUGGUAUCAUUGAAGGCUUGAUGACCACUGUCCAUGCCAUCACUGCAACCCAGAAAACCGUCGAUGGACCUUCUGGAAAGUUGUGGCGUGAUGGCCGUGGUGCUGCCCAGAACAUUAUUCCUGCCUCUACUGGUGCUGCCAAGGCCGUAGGUAAAGUCAUUCCUGAACUGAACGGAAAAUUGACCGGUAUGGCUUUCCGCGUACCCGUCCACGAUGUCUCCGUUGUUGAUCUGACCUGCCGCCUGUCCAAGGAAGCCAGCUACGACGAAAUCAAGGCUGUCGUUAAAGCAGCAGCUGAAGGCCCGAUGAAGGGUAUUUUGGGCUACUGCGAUGAGGAGGUCGUCUCCACAGACUUCAUUGGUGACAACCACUCUUCCAUCUUCGAUGCUGCUGCAGGCAUUGCUCUCAACAAAACUUUCGUCAAGCUGAUUUCAUGGUACGACAACGAAUUUGGUUAUUCGUGCCGUGUCGUCGAUUUGAUCAAGUACAUGCAAUCCAAGGAUUAAAUCAAUAAAGCUGCAUUGUGGGAUGAGUCACUGGCAUACGUCUUACAGCAGAAUAAUCCGUUACUUAUUCUGUUAAUGUUGUCUAAUUAUCUAUCCCUCAUUCUUGCUACCGCACUGGCUACAACGAUUGAUGUUUGUUGUUGGUCGUCCUUUCUGUAGUCUGAAAUCCCAAUCUUAGAUGUCUGUUACAUUGGCUACAGGAAUAUAAACGUUUGUCACAAAAUUUA